CUUUCCAGGCUCCGCCUCCUGGCUCAGUGACGCAGCAGGAGGAAACCACCGCUCGGGUUGCAAUCAGUCUUCCAGGCACAGCGGCUGGCAAAGGAAUAAUCGAGAUGCCUGAAUUGAGAAGGUGGAGUGUCAGAAGACUGAGAAUCUCGUGCCUUCCUCAUACUGCUGCUCUGUUGCCAGAGAAUCCCAAUUUACACUCAAAGCUUCUUUGAUUAAGUGCAAGGAGAUAAGUUGGCCUUUUCUCGGGGAAAAGGCAAAAAUUGGUAGCAGGUGGCAUUUACCGUCAUGGAGACCGGGGAUCUUAACAGCCUCCAGGAGGAUCCCACCUCCUCCAGCAGUAGAAGAGCUACAGCGGAAGACAAUCGCUUGCUGAUUGAAGCUGUUAGAAAGGGAGAUGUUGGCCUGGUCCAGCAAUUGCUGGAGGGCGGGGCCAACGUUAAUUUCCAGGAAGAGGAAGGGGGCUGGUCACCUCUGCAUAACGCGGUACAAAUGAGCAGGGAGGACAUUGUGGAUCUUCUGCUUCUUCACGGUGCUGACCCUGUUCUGAGGAAGAAGAAUGGGGCCACCCCCUUCAUCGUUGCGGCCAUUGAGGGGAACGUGAAGUUGCUGGAACUUUUCCUUUCUAAAGGAGCAGAUGUCAAUGAGUGUGAUUUUUAUGGCUUCACAGCCUUCAUGGAAGCCGCUGCGUAUGGCAAGGUCAAAGCCCUAAAAUUCCUUCACGAGAGAGGAGCAGAUGUGAAUUUGAGGCGAAAGACAAGGGAGGAUCAAGAGCGGCUGAAGAAAGGAGGGGCCACCGCUCUCAUGGACGCUGCUGAAGAAGGCCACGAAGAGGUCUUGAAGAUUCUCCUUGAUGAGAUGGGGGCAGAUGUCAACGCCUGUGACAAUAUGGGCAGAAAUGCCUUGAUCCGUGCUCUCCUGAGCUCUCACAAUAGGAAUGUGGAGGCUACGACCCACCUACUGCUGGACCACGGGGCUGAUGUCAAUGUGAGGGGAGAAAAAGGGAAGACGCCCCUGAUCCUGGCCGUGGAGAAGAGGCACUUGGGGUUGGUGCAGAGGCUUCUGGAGGAAGAGCACAUAGAGAUCGAUGACACAGACAGCGAAGGCAAAACGGCCCUGCUGCUUGCUGUUGAACUCAGACUGAAGGAGAUCGCUGAGUUGCUGUGCAGCCGUGGAGCCAGUACGGACUGUGGGGAUCUUGUGAUGAUAGCGAGGCGGCAUUAUGACAGUUCCCUUGUGAAGUUUCUUCUCGAUCAUGGAGCCAAAGAACGUUUUCACCCUCCUGCCAAAGACUGGAAGCCUCAGAGCUCACGCUGGGGGGCAGCCCUGAAGAAUCUCCACAGAAUAUACCGCCCCAUGAUUGGCAAACUCAAGUUCUUUAUUGAUGAUGAAUACAAAAUCGCUGAUACUUCGGAAGGGGGCGUCUACCUGGGGUUCUAUGAGAAGCAGGAAGUAGCUGUGAAGACGUUCUGUGAGGGGAGCCCACGUGCGCGGCAGGAAGUCUCUUGUCUGCAAAGCAGCCGAGAGAACAGUAACUUGGUGACCUUCUAUGGGAGUGAGAGCCACAGGGGCCACUUGUUUGUGUGUGUCACCCUCUGUGAACGGACUCUGGAAGCGUAUUUGGAUGUGCACAGAGGGGAAGCUGUGGACAAUGAAGAAGAUGAGUUUGCCCGAAAUGUCCUGUCAUCUAUAUUUAAGGCUGUCCAAGAACUACACUUGUCCUGUGGAUACACCCACCAGGAUCUGCAACCACAAAACAUCUUAAUAAAUUCUAAGAAUGCUGUUCACCUGGCAGAUUUUGAUCAGAGCCUCAAGUGGACUGGAGAUCCACAGGAAGUCAAGAGAGAUCUGGAGGAUCUUGGACGGCUGGUCCUCUAUGUGGUAAAGAAGGGAAGCAUCCCAUUUGAGGAACUGAAGGCUCAAAGUAAUGAAGAGGUGGUUCAACUUUCUCCAGAUGAAGAAACUAAGGACCUCAUUAAUCAUCUCUUCCACCCUGGGGCACAUGUGAGGGACUGUCUGAGUGACCUGCUAGAUCAUCCCUUCUUUUGGACUUGGGAGAGCCGCUAUAGGACACUUCGGAACGUGGGAAAUGAAUCCGACGUCAAAACAGGAAAAUGUGGAAGCAAGAUCCUCGAACUGCUGAAACCUGGGCCAUCUGAACAUUCCAAAAGUUUUGACGAGUGGACAACUAAGAUUAAUGAAUAUGUUAUGAAAAAAAUGAAUAUGUUUUAUAAAAAGAAAGGAAAAGAUUGCUACCAGAACACUGUGGGUGAUCUGCUGAAGUUCAUCCGGAAUUUGGGAGAACACAUUGAUGAAGAAAAAAAUAAAAAGAUAAAAUUAAAAAUUGGAGAUCCUUCCUGGUAUUUUCAGAAGACAUUUCCAGAUCUGGUGAUCUAUGUCUAUGCAAAACUACAGAACACAGAAUAUAGAAAGCAUUUCCCCCACAUCCACAGUCCAAACAAGCCUCAGUGUGAUGGAGCUGGUGGGGCCAGUGGGCUGGCCAGCCCUGGGUGCUGAUGAACUGAGUUGUUGGAGUUCAGGGAGCUGCUUAUCAGCUGUAGAGUCCUUGGAAUGUCACCACGCUCUGGGCCUUUUCACUCACCAGCCUGCUUGUGAGGGAUGAGUUGCAUAGCUGAUAUGUCAGUCCCUGGCAUAGUGUAUUCCACGUGUCUGUAACAAAAGCAGUAUAUGCCCAGACUGACUAGUCCAGGCGUUGCCAAACUUUUUACACAGGGGGCCAGUUCACUGUCCCUCAGACCGUUGG